GUUGGGGAGGGGGGGGGUAGGUGUGAGCCGGGGCCGCAUCCUGCACAGUCAUAGCGUGAGCUGCGCCUCCGGGAACAGCCUCGGCGCCGCGCACCCGCCGGGGGACGGGGACAGCGGGGACCCCGCCGCAGCCCCAUGGAGCCGCAGCUGGGCCCCUACGCCCCCCUGUACCCCCCCGCCGUGGGGCAGCCCCACUGGGAGCCCCCCCCGGGCUCGUGGGCCGCCGCACCCCCCCGGGGCGAUGGCCCCCCCGGCCGCCUGGACCCCUUCUCCCAAGCCUUCACUGGCCACUUGCCCAACAAGGCCUGGGGGGCCGGGACCCUGGGGACCGGAGGGGUCACGCCCCCCCCAGGCUACCUGCCCCUGCCCUAUGGUGGCCCCCCCCAAGAGGAGUUGCCCCCCGCUUGCCUCUACCAGGACCUACAGCCCCCCCCCGUGCCCUUCCAGGGCCCAGCCCCACAGGGAAUGGGGGGGCCCGAGGGUGUUGCCGGACUCCUGGGCCCCCCCGACUGGGUGCCAUCCUACCAGGACCCCAACCGCUAUUUUGGGGGUGCUGAGCUGCCUUUUCCUGGGGUCCCCCCGCCAUGGCCGGGGGGGUGCUACGAGCUGAGCCCCCCCUGGGCAGGGGGCACGGCCCCCCCCGAGGCCCCCCCCAGCGAAAGCCGAGCCCCCCCCUACCGGAGCCGCCUGAGUUUGGGGGGGGGCCCCCCCCGGUAUCGCCCCCCGCCCAUGUUGGACCCGGGGCGGGGGGGGCCGGGGCUGUUUGGGGGGCUGUCGGCAGAGGGGGGCCCUGACCCCCAGCGCCUCUCUCCUCCGCAGAUCAACGUGGGCCCCAGCUUCCAGGCGGCCGUGCCGGUGUCAGUGGGGGGGGACUACGACCAGGACCCCCCCGGGGCGGCCACGCUGGCCUGGAGCCCCUGGCCCGGGCUGGAGGGGGACCCUGACACCCAACAGCAAGGUGAGACCCCCCCCUUUUCCCCGGGGGGGGGGUGUGUGUGUGUGUCCUGA